AUGGGUCGGGCAAUGGCUACCAGUUCUUCGUCUUCCAGCUACAGUACCGACCUCUUUGCUUUCUCAAGCACCGCUUCUUUCUCUUCCUCCUCCCAGAGGGACCUCAGCACAAAUCUUCACCUUGGUCUCAGAAUUUCGAUUAGCCCUCCUUAUGCAAUGUGUUUAUCUGGUCUUUUGAAUGUAAUAAAUGCUAUUGCUAUUAGAGUGGUGGUAGAAGAAGAAUACGAGUGCAACAACUCAACAUUCUUUGCCAAGGUUUACAUAGAAGGAAUUCCUAUUGGGAGAAAACUAGACCUGAUGGCUCACGAGAGUUACUAUGAUCUGAUAAGGGCUCUUGAGAACAUUAUCUGGGCAGAGGCAGAGGUGGAUGGAGAUAAGUGUGAGAAAUGUCAUGUGUUGACGUAUGAAGACAAUGAAGGGGUUUGGAUGGUGGUUGGUGAUGUUCCUUGA